AUGUGCAUAAUGUACCAGCUAGUGGAGCCGCUGACCGGCAAGACAUGGUCUCUCUCCGACUUUGACGGCCACCCGGCUCUCCUCGUAAGUCCUCCUUUCCUCCUUCCCAUUUCUCCCCGCCUCCUUCUCUUCCCCUCCUUCUCUCUCCCAACCCUCUCUCCCACCCCUCUCCCUCCUCCGACUUUGACGGCCACCCGGCCCUCCUCUCCAAUUCCUCCUCCUUGUGAACACCGCGCCUCCCAAGUCAUGUUCAUCUGCAACCAUUGCCCGUUCGUGGUUCAUAUCAAGUCGCAACUUGUUGCUCUUGGCAACGAGUACAUUUCCAAGCAUGGGCUAGCAGUGGUUGCAAUCUCGUCCAACUCGGUGCUCACCCACCCUCAGGACGGACCCGAUAAAAUGGCUGAGGAAGCCAAGCAGUUCAACUUCCCCUUUCCCUACCUCUAUGACGAGACUCAGGAGGUGGCCAAGACCUAUCACGCUGCCUGCACGCCAGACUUCUUUCUCUUCAAAAAGGACGGCCGCCGCCCCUUCGAGCUCGCAUACCACGGCCAGCUCGACGACUCCCGCCCCAACAACGGCCGCCCGGUCACCGGCAAGGACCUGCGUGCUGCUCUCGACUGCGUGCUCUCUGCACGACCGGUCCCCAGUGCGCAAAGGCCCAGCAUCGGCUGCAACAUAAAGUGGGCGCCCGGGAAUGAGCCUGACUACUUUGGAUAG